UUUAAGAAAUUCUAAACUAAAAAUUGAAUAGAAAGAUGAAUAUUGAAUAAUAACACACCACACAUAUUUUUUUUUUUUUUGGGGGGGAACUUUAAGCGUCAAAACUUCUAUUUUCAAAAGUCAACUACAACUCCAUGGUGACUCUGUCAUAACUCCAUUUGAAAUGAACAAUUGCUAUCUUGGGAAGAGGAAGAGUUUGAAGCAGCCGGAAGACCAAUCAUCCAAAAUCACAUCCAUAAAUUUAGAAGGAUUAGGCAGAAGCAAAAUGCCAAGUACGACGUGUUUCAAGCAGGUAAACUUUUAUCUCAUAGGAGUUCAUUUGUUAAAUACCAAAAGAAAAUUUUUUCUUUUAUUUUUUUUAUUUUUAUUGUUUUAUAAUUGCUUAACUACUACAAAAUUCUCAUUUUCAUUCAUUCAUUUCAGCCUUAUAGAACCAUGGCUUCAAUCUCAAACAAUGGAGAUGAUAGGAUUAGCAGCUUGCCAGACUCACUUCUUGUUCAUAGUCUCUCUUUUCUUCCAACAAAAUACGCAGUCGGAACCAGCGUACUGUCAUCAAGAUGGAAGUGCCUCUGGGCUUCUGUCCCAAAUCUAGACUUUGAUGCCAACUUGCAUUUGGAUUUGAGCUCUUCCGACUUCAUGAACUUCAUUGAACGAGUACUUCUCAAUCAUAAUUUGUCCGGCAUUCAGAAGUUCCGUUUAUCUUGUGAUAACGAUUACAUAGAUAUUGAUAUUUCAAGAAUAUAUACAUGGAUAAGUGCAGCCGUAAAGCGUGGUGUUCAAGAACUUGAUUUACAGAUUAGCCCAUCUGGGCAAGAUUUGGACUUACCUUUUAGCCUCUUCACUUGCCCAACAUUGAUGGUCUUGAAACUGGGAAAUGAAAUUAGAUUUGAUGUUCCUUACCCAGCCCGUUUCAGAAAUCUCAAGAUCCUCCAUGUUUCAAUUUGUUUUCAUGGCAAUGACUUGGCACGAAAUCUAUUCAGUAACUGCCCUGUUCUUGAAGAUCUGCUGUUGGAAGGAACUGUGUUAAGUUGUGAAAAACUAACUUUUGAUGUCUUCACCCCUGCUCUAAAGAGUUCAAAAUUAAAAUUUACUACUUUAGUAGAUGAUUUGUUAUUUGAUAAUAGUUACAAAAUUGUGAUCAAUGCACCAGUUCUUGAGUAUCUAAAUCUCCAGGAUGAUUACAUUCAUUGCUACAUGCUGAACAACCUAUCCUCGUUGGCUAAAGCAGAUAUUAAUGUUGGAUACAACUGCAAUAAAGCUGAGAAAACCGAAAAACAUGCUGAUCGUUUACUUGCUCUCGACUAUGCUGCUGAUAGUAAACUGCUGUUGUUCCCUAAUUUGAUUCGUUUGGAGCUACAUGUUCACAAUUGCUAUGGUUGGAAAGGUCUGCUAGACUUGCUCAAUAAGAUUCCUAACAUGGUGUAUCUUGUUUUAAAGAAGUUGAAGUUCUGUCAAUGUGGUAAAAACAAUGCUUCAAAGGAUUUCAAUUUUGUUGAACAAGAAGUGCCUUAUUGUCUGUCGAUGCAUCUUCAAGAAAUUGAAAUUUCUGGAUUUCAGGGGAUGAGUGAUGAGUUGAAGCUGAUAGAGUAUUUUUUAAGGAAUGGCAGAGUAUUGCAAAAGAUGGCAAUUAAGUCUUCUAAUUUGUCAGGAAAGCAAGAGGAGAAACUGCUAAUGUUCCCUAGAGGUUCAAGAAACUGUGAAAUUUUACUUUCUUAA